AUGGCACAAGUGGUAGCGUUUAUGAAAGACUUUAAUUAUUCAAAAUGUUCUAUGCAGUCGAUUGGUUUUGGUAUAUUUUGGGUAAUACUAUCAGUGAUUGGAUUUGUGGUUUCUUUGGCGAUUUCUCCUCUUUGCUGUUCCGUUCCAUGUGACAGCGUUACGGAGGCAAAAAAGAUGUCUAGUGCGUCGACACGGUCGGCGUACAGACUUGCAAGGCAUCAAACUCAGAGUGUGUCACCGUUAUUUCGACGAAAUUACUGUGUAGCAACUUCCGCUGCUCAGUUGCGCAAGCCCACAAUACCUGCCUUCGUAACAGAGAAGUUAAAAGAUAUGCAGGUUGAGAUAGCUAGUCAGUUCAUUUCUGACGUUCCACAGCCGACAGCAAGUUACACUCCUACGAAUACAAUACCAACAACAAGUAGAGACUUUACCAGUAAUUUGGAAAAAAUGGCCAAGUACUAUUUUGAACAGGGUGGUAAGAUGUUUCGACCGACUGUUGCUUUGUUGAUGGCAAAUGCAUGUAAUAUUAGCGCUCCGAAAGGUGUUAGGUUAGAGUGUGGCACUGAAGAAGUAUCCCUUAACCAAUAUAAAAUUGGUAUGAUCAGUGAAAUGAUUCAUACUGCAAGUCUUGUGCAUGACGAUGUAAUUGAUGGUGCGGAUACUAGACGUGGUAACGCCUCAGUCAAUGCGAUAUGGGGUAACAAAAUGGCAGUUCUUGUUGGUGAUUUUAUACUUGCACGAGCAACUCAAAUAUUGUGUUCAAUAGGUCGACCGAACGUUAUUUCAGUCAUGGCGUCGAUUAUUGAGGAUUUAGUGAUGGGUGAGUUCAUGCAAAUGACAGCAAAAACAGAAGUAGCAGAGAACAGGAUGGAACAAUACAUGCAAAAAACUUUCAAGAAGACUGCUAGUCUUUUUGCAAAUAGCUGCAAGAGUGUAGCUCUUCUUGCAGAGGCCAAUUCUGAAUUGCAAUGGCGAGCUUCUGAGUAUGGACGCAAUCUAGGGAUAGCUUUCCAGUUGGUAGAUGACUUGCUAGACUUCGUGGCUUCAUCUGAUGUAGUAGGGAAGCCAGUCGCUGCCGAUCUGAAACUAGGUCUUUCUACUGGUCCCGUAAUACUCGCAGCUCAGCAAUAUCCUGAGCUGAACAUUUUGAUGGCUCGGAAGUUUGCCGAAUGUGGUGAUGUCGAUCGUGCAAGAGAUAUUGUUCUGAACUCAGAUGGUAUUGAAAGGACGCGGCAACUUGCACGUCAACAUUCGCAGAACGCAGCCAGAUUAGCUUCGACAUUACCGAAUAAUGAUGGCGCUGCUGAUGUUCUUGUGGAUUUUGCACUUUCACAACUAGAUAGGCAAUCAUAG